UAAAAUUUACUAACGUUAUCGUGUAAUUCGUUUACAGAAGGAGGUACGAAAUUUAACCAAGGACGUUGAACCACGCAGAAAUUUUAAAUGGCUUCCAACAUCUGGUUAUUCAUUGGUAUUACCUUAAUAAACUGCUGCUAUUUACAGGCGAAAAUAGAUGAAAAGGAGAAGGGAGAUCGAAUUUCUCUCCAUAUCGAUGGAAACAUCACUCUAGGAGGCCUCUUUCCAGUCCAUCGCCGUAGUGGCACGACAGAGAACGCUUGUGGGGACAUAGACCUACUUCCUGGAUACCAGUACCUCGCUUCCAUGCUGUAUGCUCUUGAAGAAAUAAACGACAGUCCGGAUAUUCUUCCAGGAAUCGCGCUGGGGGCGAAAAUAUACGACACUUGCCGAAGUCAGACGAUUGGUUCCGAAGGUGCCAAAGAAAUAAUAAAGUAUACCCUCCGUGAUGAAAAUGGCAUUGCGCCGUUAGCAGGCGUUGUAGGACCCUUCCGAAGUGACGUUUCUGUAGCUGUUGCGAAUUUGCUCCGUGUGUUUAACAUCCCUCAGGUCAGCUAUGGUUCAACAACCCCAGUUCUGAGCAAUAAAGAUCUGUAUGGUUACUUUUUACGCACUGUACCGUCAAAUUCGUAUCAGGGUAAAGCAAUGGUGGAUGUUGUUCGUCAUUUUGGAUGGAGUUACGUCAUGACCGUGUAUUCCCCGGGGGAGUAUGGAGAGAGAGGCAUGGUCAAAUUCUACGAAGAGGCAGAACGUGCGGGAAUUUGUAUUGCAAACAAGAAGAAGCUUCCUUCGUUCCCGACGGAGGAAGAUUUUGAUAAAACCAUUCAAGAACUCUUGGAAAUUAGGAAAAAGAAUUUUCGCGGCAAACUGGAUGCUGUUGUUCUAUUUUGUAUUCAGCGAGAUAAUCAAGGUUUAGUCCGUGCAGCACAAAAAGUGUUGGAAAAUGGCGAACGAUUUUACUGGCUUGCAAGCAACGCGUGGGGAGAUCGAAAACAAGUCACAGAAGGGGCAGACGAAGCAGGCGAAGGAGCAAUCACCAUGAAUUAUAUUGAAGGCGAAGUUGACUCCUUCAAGAAAAAGUUUUUGAACAUGAUACCGUCCCUGAAUAAGUACGGUCGGUGGUUUGAAGAAUUCUACCAGGAAACGCUGAAGUGUAAGCUCAAAAACUCGUCAAAACCACUCGAUUACCAGCAGGAAUGUUCAACAAAUAAAUCUCUUCCUCAGGACUUGGAAAUCGGACCUGUCCGUGUUGUGAUAAAUGCUGUGUAUGCCAUGGCGCAUGCGCUCAACAACAUGCAUUUGACGCUGUGUGCUGGUCAGCGCGGUCUCUGCAGCGAUAUGCAGAAUCUGAAACGGGAACAAUUCUUGAACUUUUUAAAGAAUGUGUCUUUUCCAGAUGCGUCGCUUGAUUUCAACGUGACUUUCAACCAAAACGGAGAUGUGGAUGGAAAUUAUAAUGUCCUGAAUUUCAAAAAAGUGGAAGGAAGACAUAGGCAUGUUAUCAUUGGAAACUGGAGCGGUGCACUCAAUGAGGACGGAAACAUCCAGGGAAAUAUCAGAUUGGAUGAUGACGAGAUUGUAUGGGGUGGAGGAAAGACAACCACUCCAUUAUCUUAUUGUAGCAAAGCAUGUCCUGCCAGGAAGAUAACAAUUCCAGAAAUUACCAACGCUCGGUGUUGUUGGCGAUGCAAGGGCUGCAGGUCGAAUGAUAUCAUUAUGAAUAACACGUGCUCAUUGUGCGGAAAAGGAAAGAUACCAGAUACCAACAUGACAAGAUGCCUCAAACUACCAGUUGUCUUCCCGACAUGGAAUGACACGCCUGCGCAAGUUUUGACUGGAUUCAUAUCUGCUGGACUUAUUGCCAGCAUUGCUACUGCUGUGAUUUUUAUCAUGCAAAGAAAAAAUCGUAUCGUAAAAGCAUCUGGAAGAGAGCUUAGUGUAAUUCUAUUCCUGGGAGUCAUUCUUUGUUACAUCGCCGCGUUACUGCAUUUUGUGAAACCGCAGGCCACAAUAUGCGGCGCCAAACGCUUUACUGACAGUGUUUCCAUGACAGCAUGCUACGCACCUGUCUUGUUACGAACAAACCGCAUUUAUCGCAUAUUCAAGGCUGCCCAGAAGUCAGUUCGACGACCAACCAUGAUCAGCCCACUCUCGCAAACAUUUGUAGCCCUUGGUAUUAUCGCUACGCAAUGUCUAAUAACAAUGAUAUGGGUUUUAUCAAAACCUCCAUUGUCUGUUGAAUAUUACGGCUACAAAGACCGCGUGAUCCUGGAGUGCAGCACGGACGACUUCAGUGUGGCAAUAAACUUGUGUUUCAACGUAAUUCUAAUGUUUAUAUCAACCGUUUAUGCGUUUCAAACCCGGAAUUUCCCACGAAAUUUUAACGAAGCUAAGUACAUUGGCGUAACGAUGUACAUAUCAUGUUCGGUGUGGGUAGUGUUUCUCCCUUGUUAUUUAAACGCAGCUGACAGCAUUUGGAAAUCUUAUUUCUUGUGCAGUUCGCUGUUUCUCAUCGGAACAGUAACUCUGUUAGGACUUCUCGUGCCCAAAGUUUUGCUUGUGUAUUUUGGCAAUGUAGUUGAACCGAGUGGGGAAUCUACACUAACCUGUACCAUGGAUGAUAAGAGCAAAAGCGAACAUCGUAGAGAUACUAUGACUAUGGGGUCCUAAAAUCAACUUUCAGCAAAGUUAUAAAUAUCGUAUUUAUAUUCGUUUAUAAACCAUGACACCAAACUUCCAACAUUUAAAACACACGCACAAAAAAAGAAAUAACUCGGCUGUAAACCGAUACCUCUUAUCUAAGUCAAUAGUGACUGAGCGAAGAUCACAAAUGAGAAAGUUAUCAAUUGGUAAUUCAAAAUAUGUUCAAUCUAAAAUGUUAUCGAAGCAAUUUUUAAUCAAGUUUUGUAACAUUCGUGGUCUGAUUGCAAAGUAAUAAGCUCGAUAUCAAGAACAUAAUAAUUUUAAAAAGGUAGUUUAUCGUAGAUUUACAUUAAGUACUUAGUAUAUCGUUUGAGGUAAAAUCUUGUUUCUUUCCUAUGUUACAAAUGUGUAGAACAGUGAAAUUAUACCUGAGUCAAUCUUAUGGUCAACAGUCAAGCUUCCUUUUGAAGGGAUUUGUAAUUGACGGAAACCCGCUCAGUUUCGGAUAAAUUUGGCCGCGUAAUAUGGCCGAUUUAGAGCUUGAAGCUCAAGUCAAAUAGCAUGAAUCCAAAACGAGUGUGCAUUUUAUAAGCUCUUACAAAGCCGGCGAGGGCGUGAGAGAAGGCAAAGGUGCUCAUAGGUGGAGCAAGGGCGAUGAAAUGUCGGAAAUGAUGUAUCUACUCGGAGGAUCGCGAGAAGUAAUUUUCAUCAACCGGCUUGUGGCCACUCCACAAUUGACGGCCACAAGAGAUCUUGUAAUUAAAGCUCAACCAAUUUUGAAAGUUACUAUUCUGUUCCCCUUUAUGGAGACUGUAGUUU